AUGCCGAGCCUAGCGGGGAGCGGGAGGACUGGCGACCGGGAGGCGCACAAAAUGAAGACCCUGAUGCGCCACGGGCUGGCCGUCUGCCUGGCGCUCACCACCAUGUGCACCAGCUUGUUGCUCAUGUACGGCGGCAUCGGCAUCGGCGGGGGCCACCCGGAGCCGCGGCGGCGGCAGCAGCAGGUGGCGGCGGUGCCCAGCCGCCCGCCCGAGCGCGGCCAGCGCCGCCCGGCUCUGCCCGUCGGGGCCGGGCUCCUGGAGGGCUACAUCAGCGUCCUGGAGCACAAGCCAUUAAAGAUGCACUGCAGGAGCUGUGCCCUGGUCACCAGCUCUGGACACCUGCUGGGGAGCAGGCAGGGGGACAGGAUCGACGAGAGCGAGUGCGUCAUACGGAUGAACGACGCACCCACGCGGGGUUACGGAAAAGACGUUGGGAACAAAACGAGCCUCCGAGUCAUUGCACACUCCAGCAUUCAGAGGAUUUUACGAAAUCGCAACGAACUCUUAAAUAUGAGCCAUGGUGCUGUGUUCAUCUUCUGGGGCCCAAGCAGCUACAUGAGGAGAGAUGGCAAAGGCUUGGUCUACAACAACCUGCAGCUGAUGAACCAGAUACUGCCUCAGUUAAAAGUGUAUAUGAUUUCUCGCCACAAGAUGCUACAAUUUGAUGACCUUUUUAAACGGGAGACAGGAAAAGACAGGAAGAUAUCCAACACUUGGCUUAGCACGGGCUGGUUCACAAUGACUAUCGCAUUAGAGCUCUGUGACAGGAUAAAUGUUUAUGGCAUGGUGCCACCGGAUUUCUGCAGGGAUCCUAAUCAUCUUUCAGUACCUUAUCACUACUAUGAGCCGCAGGGACCAGACGAGUGCACAAUGUACAUUUCCCACGAGCGGGGCCGCAAGGGCAGCCACCACCGCUUCAUCACCGAGAAGCGCGUCUUCGAGAACUGGGCACGGACAUUCGACAUCCGCUUCUUCCAGCCAGACUGGAAACCAGAGCCGCUCCCCGUAACCCCCCCUGUGCUGAAACCGCUGGCCUGA